AUGCCUCUGAGUGGAUUCCUACCGCAUUCGGACCCAUUGUCUUGCCUGUGCUGUUACAGAUACAAGGACCUUUCGGAGUUUGCCCAACGAGCUGAUAUCCGAAGGGUCCUUGUAUCUGCUCCGACCCUGCCCUGCCCCCUGCUGUACCCCUAUUCCCCCAAGUUUCUAAGUCCCCACGCACUCCCAUAUGCCUCUGAGUGGAUUCAUACCGCAUUUGGACCCAUUGUCUUGCCUAAGAGAUGUGGUCUAAGCUUGACUUCAAGCCCACGGUCACGUGGGUGGACGAAGAAAAUCUCAGGAGGCGGUGUCUUCCCUGAAGUUCGUUGUCCCGCGCCAGGCCUGCUUCAUCAACCCUAUAACUCAUUUCUAACUCUUAAAACGCUCUUUUGCCUAUCACCCAUAUUAUGUCGUAUCCUCCGGCGCAAAACCUGGAACUCUCGUGAAUUCUUCCCCGAGCGUCCGCUCAAGGAUAUCAUUUACAUCGACACAGUGCUAGCAACCUUAAAUUCCAAGGGCUUCCACCUUCCGAGAACGGUCUACAACAAGGCUUGUCAUAUCAUGCAUCACUACAUUAAGGUCUUCGCAAUCUUGGUUCUAGUCGACAAGCCCGAAGAAAUAGAGGCCUUUUUUGAGGAGCAGAAAUAUGACAUACGCAUGCCUUUUACUGAGACACCGCUUGCGAAGGUUUCUCCCAUGAGUGAAGAGCAGUUUCUAGCAUGGCAAUAUGAAUUCACUGCACCAUGCUUUGGUCCCAACCCUCAGCACUAUCGAAUCUCUUCCAAUACUAUCCUACCUUUUAUUGUUAAUGAACCAAUUGCUUCUGGUGCAUUUGGUAAUGUUUACAAGAUUGGACUAGAUAGCGAGCAUCAAGAUUUAACAGCAAUGGUGGGCUCCAAAAGUGAAAAGUAUACUGACGACCUACAGCAGGUUGUCUAUUUUGCGCGGAAGGAACUGAAAAGUAUGGGGCCCAAGGGAGAAGAAGCGCUGAAGAGAGAGAUCGGUACCCUUCAGACCCUCAAUUGGGUUUGUCAUCCGAAUGUGCUCGCCUUGCAAUGCUCAUACACCUUGGAAGGCGUCCAUAAUUUGAUAUUCCCAUGGGCCGAAACGGAUAUGCAAAAGUGGUUUGCGAAAGACCGAUCCGAAGGUCCUGAGAACCUGCGGCAACAUAGUGCAGUCCUGAUGGAACUACGAGAGCUUGCUUCUGGACUAGACCACCUUCACAAUUAUGUUGUUCAUACGGAAACAUAUUCGGAAGAAUGCCAGCUGGAGCUGAUUGGCUAUCACCAUGACCUGAAGCCCGGGAACAUCCUGAUUCGGAACGGACAUUUCCAAAUCGCCGAUUUCGGGCUUGCGCGUUUUAAGCCCAAACCAUUAGGAUCUACGACGCUAUGGAAAGGCGGCACGGAGACAUACGGGGCACCAGAAUGUCGAGACGAAGAAUGCCAGAAGGAUAGCGUAGGAAGAGCGGCAGACAUAUGGUCUUUUGGCUGCAUCCUGACAGAAACUCUGAUGUAUCUCCAUGGAGGUGUUGUAUCGCUGAACUUACUUCGAGACCGCAGAGUAACAGUACAGACUCUCGGGGGUAUUCGGUUCGAAGAUGAUUCGUUCCAUCAACAUAGAGAGCUCAAGAGCUCGGUACGAGAGGUUCUUGAACAGCUCUUCCCAGCCAACGAAGUAGUUCAUCUAGAAGCCCUCCGAGAUCUUUGCCUUCGCAUCCUGGUCGGUGAUCCUAAGCAGCGCCCCACCGCUCACAACGUGGCUCUCCAGUUCACAAUCAUCGCUACAAGGUCCCGAUUUCUCGAUAUUUGGGACCUCCUUGACGGAAAAAGGACACUCUUUGCAAAAUCUCGAAUGGGCCCAUACAAGCUUAUUGCGGAUUUGAUUGACCUUGAGUUAGCUCGGUAUCGCUUCUUAUUGGGGUAUUUCGGUAUCUCAAGGGAGUGCCAGGACAUUCAGCCCAGUAACAAUCUCGUCGAACUCCAGUAUCGUCGCCUUCUGAAAUGGUUCGAGGACAUGGAAUACAAAAUUUCCUGGCUUUCUCCAUGCAGCGAGGAUGUGGCGAGUAGCGACAGUGAGAUAGAUGAAUCUACAAGAGAAGGGAUGUUUUAUAUAUCCCAACAUCUGGAUGAGCUCCUUGAUCUGUUGCCCCUCAACGACCGAGCAAUGGCUGAAGACGCUCCCGAGAGAUCACCUGGUUCGAAAGAAGGAGAUAACGAGGAUUUUCUACAUACAGAUGUUAUGGCGAAGCUCUCUCUGAAGACUUUCAGUGCUCCACGGACCAACCCAAUGUAUGAGCACCUGACGGCGAAAGCCGUCUCCAGGUCAAUAGCCCUGAUGAUAACGCAAUCUCGACAUGCAGGAAGAGAAUCUCUUCUCAUGGAAAAAGAACUAGUGGACGUUGAACCCCCUUCAACACCCUUCCGUCUAAUGAGCCAAGGAACCGCUGUCGACAGGCGUGGGGCCUCAAGCCAUGUGCUCGUAGAAUGGAAGCAUUACGAUUCAACCUGGAGCGGAAGCCAAACCGAAGAACUCUACAAACGUGUUGAGGAUCUCGCACAAGAACUCUUGGCAUUCGGUAAUGUCCCAAACGCAAAUUUUCUGACGUGCAUGGGCUAUAUUCACAUCCCCAAAGCUUAUGCAUUUGGCUUGGUCCUUGCGUAUCCGGAUAUGGUCUGUAGGAGCUCAGCAUCUAGCAUUCAGGUAGCCUCUUUACAGUCCCUCGUUAAGAGGCAUGCAGAUCUCCAGAAGCAGGCACGGCCAUCACUAGGCGGAAUAUUCGAGCUAAGCCGAAAAGUCGCUCAGGCCCUUGUUGUCAUGCAUUUCGGGCGGAACUCCUGGUUCCAUAAAAGCCUUUCAUCGGAGCAUGUUAUCUUCUUUCUAAAAACGAAUAUGGAUAUAUCGUCGCCACCGGAUAUCUCGCGACCCUACCUCGUUGGCUUCAAUCUCAGCCGUCCAGAUGCCGAGAAUGCCUUCUCGCAUCCCCCUCCAUCCCUCACCACUGAACACAACAUCUAUAGGCAUCCUGUUUAUUUAUCUGAGCUACCUAGGUUUUGCAAAGAGCAUGAUUAUUACAGCUUAGGCAUGGUGCUUCUAGAGAUCGGACUGUGGACCCCGUUUUCUGCGUUUCGAGAUUCCUUGGCUGGACUCGAUGGCAUUGAUGCGAGAGAUGCAAUAGUCAGAGAGCUCGUACCCCAGCUUGCAGAGCGCGUUGGAGAUUUGUAUAUGGGGGUCGUUAAAUUUUGUUUAAAUGCUGGCGCAACACAUCGGGAUGCGGAGGAUUAUGAAGAUGAGAAGAUUGUUAUGAAGGAGGUUUUAGACGACACCCUGGAUUACGAGCGCGAUAUAUAA